AUUAUUGUUUCCGUUUUCCGGUCGGAGUCUGAUAAUACAGGAUCGAAAACAAGAAAAUUAUUUUAAACCUUGAUUUCAUCCUCAGACAAUGAAAGAUGAAGACGAUAAUAAACCUCUUAUAGUUAAAACAGAGUCUAGCCGCGAUAGUGAGAAUUGUUCGGCAAAACAAUCUCAUUCAAGAAAUUGCAGUAGUUGUAGUCAGCGAGUUUGUCAUACAAUGCAGUCAUCGGGAGACUUCAGAUUAAGCGAUCUUUCUUGGAAGGAUAUAUGCAAAAUUGUUCUAGAUCUGCUGAAAAUCUAUGCUAAGAACUCUUGGAAAUUGUUAAGUCUAGCCCUAUUGGGUGUAGUAUUAAUUUACAUGCUUGUUGGUGGACUGUUAACUUUCUUUGCUGUUGUUUUAGGAAUAAUAGCCAAAUUCUAUUAUGUUCAAGAUAAUUUACUGUAUCAUCCAAACAUGCCUAGUAAUUCUCGUUUGUUCUCGCAUACACCUGAGACUUUCUAUUUACCAGGUGUAGAUGAGACUGAAAAUUUAAUGAUUACUACUAAGGAUAAUGUUAAAAUACAUAUUGAAAUUUUAAUGCAAAGUGUGGAAAAGCGAGCUCAAGCUCCUACCAUUGUUUUCUUUCAUGGUAAUGCCGGAAAUAUUGGUCACAGACUCCCAAAUGCUUUUGCCAUGUUUGUGCACUUGGGAGCUAAUGUUGUUCUUGUUGAAUAUAGAGGCUAUGGAAGGAGUAGCGGUACUCCCUCUGAAUACGGCCUUUACUAUGAUGCUGAAAGUGCUUUAGACUUUGUCUUAAACCAUCCAAAGUUGGGAAGCUCUGGUGUAAUAGUGUUUGGAAGAUCUCUAGGUGGUGCCAUAGCUAUUUAUUUGGCAAGUCAUCCUCAGUAUUCACAAAAGAUAUUUGCGUUGUAUUCUUCCUUGUCUAGAAUAAAACACAUAAGUGUACCUUCUCUAUUCAUUUCUGGACAAGCCGAUACUCUAGUACCUAAGGAAAUGAUGAAUACUCUAUAUGAGGUUCGCAAUCUUAAAAACAAUCCAUCAACACCACCUACAAGGAUAUAUGAUGUACCAGCAUCACUAAAUGACGAUGCUUUUCAGGAAGUUCGAGUUUCUUGA